UGGCCCUUUUUGAGAAUUGUGCUUGCCUUUGGCUAUAUCCCUUUGCCCCCCAUUUUCUUUCCCCAACUCUCUCCUCCGUAAACUCAACCACCACCACUCUCUUCCUUUGCAUCUCUUACAUUCUUAUAAAAUCUCUCUGGUUUUCUCUGUUUCUUUGAUCGUUGCCUUAUCUAGCUUCCUUUAGGCUUUAUGUGAUUUCUCUACAGUUUUUUUUUUCAUAUUUUCUUGUGACCCCAUGCAUGUACGUUGUCUACUUCAAAACCACACCAUUUCCGCUGUCUGUUCCAUUGCUUUUUCCCCCCAUGUCACCAAAGGCUUCUAAAUCCAACACAGAGGAAACCAGUUUUCUCAGCCAUAGCUGCUUCUGAGUUUCUUACUUCUUCCUCUCCUUGUUCUGUAUGUGACUCUGUUUUAAUUUGGUUCUGUUAUGGCAAUGAAGAUUCUGUUUGGUGUCUUCUUCCUCUGCCUUGGAAGUUGGAGCUAUGCACAAGAAGGUGGGGAAGCCCCAAUGGAGAAAACAGAGCUUGAUGCUCUGUACUCUGCAAUACAGGGGUUUGUGGGUAAUUGGUGGAAUGGCUCAGAUCUCUACCCAGAUCCUUGUGGAUGGACUCCAAUACAGGGGGUUUCCUGUGAUAUCUUUGAUGGGCUCUGGUAUGUUACUGCUCUAAACCUUGGACCAACUCACGAAAACUCCCUUGCUUGUGCUCCAAAUGCUGAGUUCAGACAGCAAUUGUUUGAACUCAAACGCCUUAAAACGCUGUCCUUCUUCAACUGCUUUGUCUCGAACAGAAGGAGCUCUGUUUCGCUUCCAACCGGAGAAUGGCCAAAACUUGCCGGAAGUUUGGAAUCUCUGGAAUUCAGAUCAAACAACGGUCUAACUGGGAACAUUCCGGCCAGCUUGGGGAAUCUAACGAAGCUGCAAUCUUUGGUUCUAUUACAGAACGGAUUGGUGGGUGAAAUCCCAGAAAAUUUUGGCAAUUUGAUCAAAUUGAAGCGGCUGGUUCUUGCCGGAAACUCUCUCACUGGUCCAAUUGCUCAAAGUCUUGGCAUGCUGAGCGAGUUACUGAUUCUGGAUUUGAGUAGGAAUUUGCUGACGGGUCCUCUGCCGACGAGUUUGGGAAAUUUGACUUCCCUCCUGAAACUUGAUCUGAGUGAUAACAAAUUGGGUGGAAACUUGCCGAGUGAGAUCGGCGAUAUGCGAAAUUUAACUCUUCUGGAUCUCAGCAACAACAGUUUUUCCGGCGGAUUGGGACAAUCGUUCGAGAAUAUGAAUUCACUGGAAGAGAUUAUCUUAUCCAACAACCCAAUUGGAGGAGAACUCAAGAGCAUAAACUGGAAAAGCAUAAGAAAUUUGGUGAUUUUGGAUCUUUCCGACAUGGGUUUGACAGGGGAAAUCCCCGAUUCACUGUCCGAAUUGAAAAAACUAAGGUUUCUGGGUCUCGACCGCAACAAUCUUACCGGAAACCCCUCGCCAAAACUUGCAACUCUGCCAUUUGUUAGCACAAUUUACCUAUUUGGGAACAAUUUGUAUGGAGACCUUAAAUUUCCCGAAAGGUUUUAUGGGAAAAUGAGGAGGCGAUUUGGAGCCUGGGACAACCCAAAUCUGUGUUACCCCAUUGGAACGGUAGCAGCAAACAAUGCUCCUUAUGGAGUGAACCCAUGUAAGCAAGAAGAAGAAGAAGAAGAAGAAGUGAAAUUGAUGAAACUGAAACCCAACUCGAAGGCAAGUUUGGAGGAGGCGAAUUUGGUUGCCUCAGAUGGUAAUUCCAGGUUUGAAAUUGAAGGGUUUUGGUGGGAAUUGAUGGGGAGGACAUUAACAUUAACAUUAACAUUAACAAUGGUUUUAGUAAUUAAUGGGUUGUUAUAAAAGAAACAGAGUUACACUCUACACUCUACAGAGGUUUCUUCUAACAAGUCUUUAGUCUGAGGGGUGGAAUCAUUUCCAUUUGGUCUGCAGCUGACGUCCUAACAAAAAGAGUUUAAAUGGUUUGUGCAAGUGUAAUGGAUUUACUUAUUAGUUAUUUCAACGACUCAGUUGGGUUGUCUUCUGUGUAAAUACUAGCUUUCUACUGCCAA